AAGUUUAUGUUCGCAUGUGCAUAUAAAAAUGAGAUUUAAAAUUAUUUUUAAAAGUCAAAAUAUGGCAUAUAAAGAAGUAAAUCUGUAUUUGGCCUUUCUGAUUUCUUUCUUUAGACAGGAGAAUCCGAUAAAUUAAUCAAUUUAUCCACAAAUGGAAAGAGGAAUAAAAAAAAAAGUUGGUGUCCAAAUCAAAUAAUUCUCCUGGUUAACUUGAAGAUGAUAGACAUUCGCCUCGUUCGUCAACAUAACUUAAGUUUAUUGUGUGUGUGUAGAGACUAUCUCAUCAAUGUCUCACCUUCUUCUCUCCCGACUCUCCGACCUCUCUUUCAGGCGCUACUCGCUCGUAAGCUUUCUUCUCGUACGAUUUAAUAAGACUUUAGCUGCUUAAAAGUAUUAGUAGUUUAUUUUACCGAAUAGAUGAUAUGAACCAUUCGCUUAGUCAUUGCGUAGCGACGAGAUAGUUUAUUAGCUUAUUUAUUUAUUAUCUACUGUGACAGUUGCACAAGACCAUUCGCUUGUUUUCAUCGUCUUCCUCCAGCCCCUGUUUUCCGCUUAGCGUCGAGGAGAAAGACUCGUCGGGAGACGGCGGAAUGGUCGGAGACGUCCACUUGUUCGAUGCGGCCACGGAAGGGUUAGUCACAGUCGCUGACAAAACUAUACCCGUAGAGCUCGUUAACGGCGGUAUUGUGGUCGGAGCUUCUCAUGGAUGGUUAUUUUUCAAAGACCGGCACGAUCAUUCCGUAUCUAUGACCGACUUUUACAACUCUUUGGCUUUAAAAAAAAACGCAACGAUGGUUCCUAUGCCUACAUUUACUGCACUCCACCAUUGCCAAACUGAAGUUGUCUGGAAUGUGGCAAUGUCGACUUCUCCUGGUCAGCAAGAAGAUGAAGAUGAUUGGGUAGUUGGUAUCAAGUUCUUGGGUAACCAGCUGAGUUUCUGCAGGCCCCGUCGUGACCUGCGGUGGACCAACGUCUCAGCUCCUUUUAAAAUAUUCAACAACUCAAAUCUCAUGUUCUCAAAGAGAGAUAAAACAUUUAAGUUGCCUGCUCCCGUAGGCAACUACUUGUGCUCCUGGGAUAUCCAGUUCCACAAGGACGAAUACCCUGCCCCUAAGCUCCAUAAGCUGCUUUUUCACAACCUUCCCCAGUUGCCCCUGUCCAUGUGGGAGCUCUUGGAUUCGUGUCCGAGAGAGGAUCACUGGGUGGAGUCACCAUCGGGGGAAUCCUUCCUCGUAAAAUGGUACUCCCGUGUCUCACUGUCCCCUAGCUUGUCUACAUUGCCGAUAGUUAUGGUGUUCAGAGAGGAAGACAGAAAGGAUGGAAUAAUAAAGAUGUGUUACACAGAGGACAUUGGAGAUAUUUGCGUCUUCCUUUCAAAGAGUGAGGCCUUCUGCGUCCCGGCUAGUUCUUGCCCUGGUCUCAAGCCUAACUCCAUUUAUGUCGCUGACCGUGUAUUUUCUGUGUACGAUCUCACCACCAAAACCUUCAAUCAUUUUAAAUACCCCAUAGAUGCACCAGAGAAGAUUUCCCGCGUCCCUUGUUGGCUUCCACCCGUUUCAGUCUAAGUUUCUAUGGUCCUGUGUUUGGUUCAUUAGUGUUAUGGUCUGGUAUUUUCAAGCAAGCCAGCCUAUUUUAUUGAACUUCUCACUUUGUUUGUUUGUUUGUUUGUUGAAACGCACUAAACUCAGGUGAAGUCUAGCCCUCUUUGUUUUUAAUUUGUUCACUUGAUGAAUUUUGUUUUUUUUUUUGUAAACUGUGAAAUUUUCUUUUACUCACCCUCUCUUUACCUUUUUACUUGUGUUUACAUGUUAACACUGAUAUAGUGAAAAUAUUUUUCUAUAUGUUAUAUUGUUUUUUUCUCUCUAUAUAAUGUGGAUUUGUUUCUGUAUAGUUACAGAAACAAAUUUAUAAUUUGGAUUUGUUUCUGUAUAGUUACAGAAACUUUGAACUGAAAACAAAAUAUUUGCAAAAUUGACAAUCAAAUUAAAAGAAGAAACAAAAUUAGUCUAACAAUGGUUUUAAUCAUUAUAUGCAUCUCAAUUUAUUCAUACAUUAUUUUUUUUUUUUUUGUCAUCAACAAAACAUAUUCAUACUGACUAUAUAAACCAAAUUGGGAGCUCCGUAUCCAUGUAAACGACAAAAAACUGUUGUUUCCUGACAUUACGUGCUAGACUAUCCGCUUUAAAUUCUACUUUCGUUGUACAUGAAUGAUCUAGUUUUCUUUCAAUUUAUUCAUACAUUAUAGUUGAAGGUUAUUGAUCUUCGUGCACAAAAAAAAGGUUAUUGAUCUUCUAAUUAAGUUUCAUCUACUUUUCUCUACGAGAAGUUUAAAAAGCAAAAUAACAUUUUAUGUAUAAUUAUUCAUCCAAAAGUUGUUAAUAUUAAAAAUGAUCAUAAAAUAUGAGGUAUCGUUGUGUAGAGAUAUUCUGAUAACGAACGUAGUGUUAUAAAUUAAUUUGAUCUAACUAAUAAUUUUUUUGUAUAUAAUAAUGGUUUAUAACAUAUAUUAUUUGUUUUAUGUGAUUUGCAUGUUUUUCAAAACAAAAAAAAUUAAAACGAAUUGUUGUUAAUAUCAUUACAAAAUUCAGUUAUACUAGUUUACUUUUAUACUAUUUAGUAUUAGCAGUUGUACAUAACUGUAUGCUGUAAGUUAAUUUAAAUUAAUGUUUUGGGGUAUUUAGAUUAAGUGACUCAGUUUUUUAACAACUCAUUUUUUCCUCCUAGUCAAAGUUGUGAUUGUGCAGAUUCUUGGAACAACAUAUUCUUAAUGGAUUGUCUUCAUCAUGAAUUGAUGCGAUAUACUGUAACGAUUUCUUUCCAUAUUAUUUUGAUUUGUUUCUGUAUACAAUUUAUUUCAAGAGAGAGUGAAAAUAUCUUUACAUAUGUGAAAAACAUUAAAAGGAUUUCUUCUUCUUGUGUUUAGAAAACAAGUAAUUAUAAAUAAAAAAUUGAAUUCAAAUAAUAUUGUGGAAUAUUUCGUCAAUGUCUCAGCUUCUCCUCCAACGACUCUCCAAAUCCUCUUCCCGUAACAUUUCACUCGUAAGAUUCUUCACUCUCUAGAAUUUACUCUUUUUUUUUAAAGAAAACAAUUCUAAUUAGUCAUUGAUUUGAAAGAUUCAUG